AUGUGCUCCGUCGCUCCCUUCGCGCUUCCUGGCCUCGCCGGCGGCGCACGGCCGACGAUGGUGACGACGUACGCGAGGGGCGGCGUUCCAGCCGCCGCCGCGUGGUGCGGUUACGGCUACGACGCCGACAUCGUGCUGCUCCCGCCCAUGCCCGCCGACCUCCCGAUGCCCUCCAUGGAGUUCCUGUCGCUGCCUCGCCGCCACGGUGCCGGCUUCAUCAGGGACAUGUUCGGUGGCGUCCAGAGCGUCGGCGUUCCGGGCCGUAGCAUGAUGGAUAUAUUCUUCCCGAUAGACGCUCACGACGACGACGGGCCGACGACGCCCGUGGCGGUGCUUCGAGCGCCGCGCAGCUACGGCGGCGACGACGACGCCGAGCGCGACGCGGUCACCAUCGACAUCAAGACGCCGCCGCCCGAGAAGCAGCCGCAGCUGGAGCAGCAGCAGCAGUGCGGAAGCGAGUACGAUGCCAGCAUCGACGCCACGUUCCGGGUCAUGGAGGCAGACCCCGCGGAGCGGCCCUCGCCGGAGUACCUCAGCGAGGCGCAGGCCGGGGACAUGAUGAGGAUCGACCGCGCCGCCCUCGUCAAGAAGAUGCACCGCUUCUCCAGGUACUACGGCCUCGCCCCGGGCGCGCUGCACCGCGCCGUCUCCUACGUCGACCGCUUCCUCUCGGCCAGGAAGAUCAACGGCGGCGAGCGCCAGCUCCGCCUCCUGGGCGCCGCGGCCGUCUUCGCCGCGGCCAAGUACGAGGACAGGAAGGCCACGCGGAGGAUCAACGCCGACGCUGUCGCCGCGUACGCCGGGUGCACCCGGCGCGAGGCCCUCGACGCGGAGCGCGAGCUGGUGGCGGCGCUCGGCUACCGCCUGAGCGGGCCCACGGCCUACACGUUCGUAGAGCACUUCAUGCGGCGCACGCAGGGCAAGGAGGAGGAGGGCUCGGCGGCAGCGGUGGUCCGGGCCCUGGCGCACCACCUGGCAGGCAUGGCGCUGCUGGACUACCGGUGCGUGGCGUUCCUGCCGUCCGCCGUGGCGGCGUCGGCGAUCGUUCUGGCGAGGCUGGUAGUCCUGGGCUGCCACUCGACGGCGGCGCCGGUGGCCGGGUACGCGAUCGAGGAGCUGAGCGAGUGCAUGGAAGCGAUCUACGACCUGCACGAGAACCUGCAGGCGUGGCCAGGAUGCGAGGAGAUGAUGGUGGACUGGGAGGUCACUACUCAGCUCAGCUACUCCUUGCCUCACUACAGUGUACUGACCCGUGGAAACAUGAGCAGCUGCUAA